AUGGGUAACGACGGUGGAAGUAUUCCCACGCGCCGCGAACUCGUCCGCGAAGCGGCGCGCAACCCCAGCACCGCCCAAGUGAAAGAAGCGCAGCGCGAGCUCCAAGAACACUACUGGACGACAUGUCCGCUAUCGCACAAGCCGCUGAUGCGGCCGAUCGUGUCCGACAGCGCGGGCAACCUGUACAACAAAGACGCCGUGCUGAAAUUCCUGCUCGCCGGCGACGACACGGAGGGCAUCAGCUCGAAAGCGGACUGCGAGGAGAUCCUGGGCGGGCGGGUGAAGGGGCUGCGCGACGUGGUGGAGCUGAAGUUCGAGAUCGACACCGAGCGCGGCGAGCACCCGGCGCAGCACAAGCUCGACCGGCGCGAGGCGUGGAUCUGCCCCGUCACCGCGAAGCAGCUCGGCCCCAAUGUCAAGUCCGUGUACCUGGUGCCGUGUGGGCAUGUGUUUUCGGAGGAGGCGAUCCGCCAGCUGAAGGAGGAUAAGUGUCUGCAGUGUAAUGAGGGGUAUACCGCGGAGAAUGUCAUCCCUAUUCUGCCGGUGAAGGAGGCCGAUAAGCAGGCGCUGGUGGCGCGCGCGCAGAAGCUGGCGGAGCAGGGCCUGACGCAUUCGCUUAAGAAGGCACCUGGCUCGAAGAAGCGCAAGAAGCAGGCUAAUGGCGAGGCGGCCGCGGCGGAGACCGAUGGCGCUGCGGAGAAGGAGAAGAAGGCGCCCUCUCGGAGUCACUCAUCCACGUCGACCCCCGGUGCGGCUAAUGGGAUCAAGAACGCGGCGACGGCCGUGCUGACUGCGCGAGUGCUCGAAGAAGAGAAUGAGAAGAAGAAGCGGAGGAAGAUGAUGGGGCUGAAUGAGAAUCUGGACAGCCUCUUCACGAAAGAAUCUAAAGACGGGAAGAUGAAGAACACGGACUUUAUGACGAGAGGGUUUACCAUGCCUACGGCCGCCAAAAGAUGA